CGCGCAGGACGUUCUCAUUCAACCUUCGGAUUUCGCUAGCGCUCGCAAACAUCUCCGCUUUCUACGAAGCUCUCCGCAAGCUUAAGCAUACUCGGUUCUAGAAGAAGCUUUAUUACAUGCAGAAGCUUUUUUAUUUAUUAUACAAGAUUGGAAUGUGUGAUUUUGUGUUGAUGUGUGCUUUAAAUGUGUAAUACUUCUGAAACAAUCGAGUAAAUAAAACUAAUAUAAUUGAGUAGAAGCAAUUGAACUUGCAUAUUAAUUAUUGCUGACGAUUUCAAGAUGACGUCUAAAGUGUUGAUGAAGCUGCCGACAGUGCCCUUUCCUCAGGAGAAGAAAACGCCUGAUCUGGUCUCCUUGAAUGACAGAAAUGAUGGACUUGCGUAUGUUAGAUAUCAAGGGUUGAACGUGGACAGAGUAAUGCAACUCGAACAGAACAUCAAGUUUUUACAAGAACAACAUCAGGCAACUUUAGUAGCUUUGCAUCAAGAGAUAGAAUCCUUACGGCAGAGAAAUAGAGAUUUACAAUUUCAAUUGGUAUUUUCUAAGAGAGCACACUGUGCUGUUGCUAGCAGUCCUUCUUCACCUGAAGAUAAUGGAAAUGGGUUUGCGAAAUCGAAGAGUAGCCCAAUAUGCGUCAAUGUAACACCUUUGCAAGUGGAACUUUUGGAGAAAGACUUGCAAGACAUUAAAGCGUCAUUGCAAGAAGCAAAAACACACAAUCAAUACUUGUCAAACAUCAUAGAGCAACAAAAAAAGAGAUUGGACUUAACCGAAGACCAGAAAGAUAAAAUUCAAGUGACAGAUGUGGGGGUUCAAGUCGGAGAUCCCAUGCAAGCGAGUUUGGUUGUGCUUCUGGAGGAAUCGUACGCGAUGGUGAAACGGUUGCACAAAGAGAAUCUGGAUCAAAAAAAAGAGCUAGCUUCGUUGAAAGCAUCCUCUUCGACAAACAAUCCUGGCUCCAGCAGAGGCGGACGUUCGCGCGACGGUAACAGCGGUCAUCAUAACCGCGGUUCGUCCACCACGCAGGAGCAAAGCUCUCGUAAAUUUCCACCGCUACCAAUUCCGAGUUACUGGCAUCGCAGAUCGCCAAGAUAUAGCGCAAAUCGGCACGAAAAGCCGGAUCAUCAGUCGGACUCGGAUUCGACCGUUUUGCCUCAACUUCAGAACGGUAAUGUAAAGUCGGCGGAGGUGAGCAGUUUCGAGUCAACGUCGUAUCGAUCGCGCGAGUAUCGCAAUUACGGACGCGACAGCGGCGGUGGCGGUGGCAGCGGUAAUCGCAAAUACAGAGGUCAACCGUCGCGAAGAGAUAACAAUCAUUAUUAUCAUUCUCGCGAUUACAAAGACAGAAAUUCCAAAGAUCAUAUGAGAGAUAUGGACGACAUCGGCGAAGGAUCGAAGGACGUGAAUAAUCAUCAAAGACAGUAAAUUGCGAAAGUAUACGAGAUACAACUUGUAGAGAUUCCGCGAGCUUUAGUUUUUCGCGUCGGAUAACCCGUAUUGAGAAAUCGAUAUCAACUAUAAAAAAUUAACCGAGUGAUUAAUGUUUUUCUUGUACACAUUCACUGGUGCUGAUUAAUUAUGACAGUUUAGCGCACAUAUAGCUUGUGAUAGAAUAGCGAUGAACGAGUAUAUUGCUGUACGAUUUUUGAUGGAACAAUCUUUAGCCCGUAUAUUCUAAUUUUAUUCGUUAUAAGAGUUUAUUAUAAAAAAAUAUAUAGGAUUUUACGCUUUGUAGGAGUAUGAUAAUCAACAGAAUACUUAGCAAAAGACUGACAGAAACGGAAUUAUCAUAAAAAAAAUUCGUUUAGUCGUAGCUUUUCAGCUGAUGCUCGUAUCGUAACUCCUGUUGAGAGCUUAAUAUGCGUGCAAUGUUUCGAUGAUAUCAAUGCAUGUGUAUAAGCGUGUUAAGAUUUUACUUAAUCAAGCGUUACCAGCUGCUUUGAAAAGAAUCAGAUCUAGUCAUUUUCAUAUAUUUCGUUAUUCUAUUAAAACGGCAAAUCGUUGAACGAUUUUUGCUAUACUAUUAAUGUAAAGAUAAAAAACUAUUGAUAUUAUUUGUAUAUAAAAUAUAGAAUCUAUAUAUUUUUUUACAUAUUAUUUAUAUUGUUUUUAUAUAUUUUUUAAUUUUGAUUUUAUGCGUCUGGUUCGAGUCUAUACUGUUAACAUAAUCUUGUUUCGCGUUGCAUUAUUUUGCAACAAACGCUUCCAAGUAAGAAGGGAAAAAAUAUUGUUUUAUUUGGAUUUCUUGACAAUCUUAUUAGAAGUUUUUUUUAUCUUUAAGAAGAGCAGACUAAAAUUUAUAUGAUUUGACAUUUCUUCGAUCUAGACAUUCACAAUAUUCUCUACAAAAUAUGGAACAAUUUUUCACGCUAUUAAUCAGAU